AUGAGGAGUGGUUAUUUUCGAGCCCAGGAGAUUUUAAAUCGUGACCUUGCAAGCACUUCUGGGAGUUCUCCAUUGGCUAAUUUCUAUAAGGGGUUAUGGCAGCUCCAAGUUCCUCCUUCCACUAAAUCUUUUAUAUGGCGAGCUUCUCAUGGUAUUCUUCGGACUUAUUCGAACUUGUGUCACAGAAAGAUUAUUCUGUCUGAGCUUUGCCCCCUAUGUAAUCAAGUGGCUGAAGAUGUGAUUCAUGCUAUUUUCUUUUGCCCCCAUGCUGUUGAAGCUUUUGGUUAUAGUUGUAAAUCCAUUCAGAAGUUGGAUAAUUUGGGCUAUGAGUUUAUCGAUGCUUGGUUUAGUGUUUCGGCCUCAUUGGAUUUAGUUAGUCUGGCCUCCCCUGUUGUUAUGCUGAAGAUGAUUUGGUUUCGUCGCAAUUCCCUUAUUCAUGGGGAAAAAGUGUCUUCAGUGUCUCAUCUUUUCUUGUUUGUUAGUGAAUCUGUUCAGAGGUUUAAAUCUGACUCUUUGUGUGACAGAGGUCUUGGCCCUAGUAUUUUUUUUGUGGCGCAAAGAUGGUGCUUGCCUUGUAGAGGAGUUGUAAAGAUUAACUUUGAUGCUUAUGUUUGUACCAAGAAUAAGGUGACAGGUUUUGGUGGUAUUUUUCGUAAUGAUCUUGGUUUUCCCCUGGCGGCCUUAACUGAUUGGUGUCCUGUAGCUCAUUCUCCAACCUUGGCAGAGGCGUAUUCCGCAUUGACAGCGGUACAGCUGGCUAAAGUUAUGGGUUUUCAGGCUAUUCAUAUUGACGGGGAUUCUUUAAAUGUUAUUAAUGCCAUUGGGGAUGAUCAGAAGUCGGAGGUGUAUUCGGAUUGA